AUGAACACUGCUCCAGAAAAAGAGAACCUGGACUUAGACCUGACUGUUGCACAUCAGAGAGAUCAUUACAAUAAAAUAUCAGGAACAAGCCGAGCUAACCAGGAUGUAACAGAUGGUCUAGCUUACCCCCAGUCUAAACCAAUUAGCGAAGUCUUGGACAGUUACAGCGUGAGCAGUCUGUACAAACAAAUUGAUAAUUUAGCAGUGGGUUCAGCGGAUACUAAAAAGGUUGUUUUUGGUGACUAUACAAAGGUAUCUGUCAACAUGAGAGAUAAAGAAUUUGUAUCAGCGAGUGAUGAUGGGAAUAUGUGCAAAUACAGAAUCAGUCAGGACAUAUCUGACAAUAAUGGACAUGGGUUGGAUAGCAUCAGCAGUGAAUUUGGUACGGUGGAAAAUGACUCAACGAGAAGUUAUCUUUCAGAAUUUUCUUUGUCUCUGAAGCCACCCACGUAUGACAACAAUGACAUUUCAAUGCAAAGUCAGCAGGAAGCAUCUUCCAUCAUGAGCAAAAUGACUGGAGAUAAAAAUAUUGCAGAUGUUGCUUCAGAUGUAGUUGGAACUUUUGAUUUAAACCAAAACACAACUUUAGAUACUCUAGAUAAGCAGGCAUCUAAAAACGUGGACAUUAACACCACAUCAACACAUUGUGAAGAUCAGGAUCUCAUUGAUCACAAGGUUCUUUCUCCAAACUCACCUGUGAACAGCAGAACUCGAGUUAUCACCCUUACACAAGUGGAAGAUCAUUCUUUAGAACCUGGUAUUGGAGGUGGAAAGAUCCAAGAGAAGGAGAGUUUUGUGGAGGUCCAUUCUUCUAACCCAACCCAGAAGACUGAGAUUCAAAAUACACGAUCUGACAUAAGAGGAAGUGAGUUGGAGUUUUUAAAAGAUUCUGAAAUCUUUGACACUAAACAACAUGCUACCAGUUUGUCCAAACCAGGAAAUUCUGACUCAGCCCCACUGGAACCAGUACCUUCAGGCGAUCAGCUAGAGAACAAGGUGAUGCAAGAUUAUGUCAAAGGCAAGAGACGAAUAAGAGAAGAAGGCUGGAAUAUAAAAAUGCAGGAUCGAACCGACAAACUUGUGGGGUCAGAAGAAAAAAUAGAGGAUGAAAAGAUGGGUGAAAAUAUAAAGAAAGAACCAACAGAAGAUAAGACAAUGAUAGAACAUGCAGAUACAUCCUCUGUGCUCAAUCGCCCAGAUGAUUCAUCUCCUGAGAAGAACACAGAACCUCCUCUGGGAUCUGAGUCGAACCAAUCUGUACAGUCCCCCACCGCAGUAAAAGAGAGACCCCUCCAUUUGUCUUUCCUCUUCCCCAGCAUGCGUGGCACCAAGAAAGAAGGACAUGAGGAAAGAGAAACCCCAGACCAGCCCCAAAGCCCAGAUCAGUCGAACAAGGAGGUGAAGGGAGACUUCCUGGAACAGAUUACCCAAUUCUUCAACAGCAGCAAGGGGGAAGGAAAGAGAAAGAAGGAGACCACGUCAAGUCCUCCGCUGUCUCCAGUCAGCCAAAAGCCUGCAGAAAGGCCAGAGAAACGUCCAAGCGAAGAGGAGAAAUUAAUCUCCCCAUCUGAGGAAACGAACAAAGCUCCAAAUACAGAGACGGCCUUAGAUGCCUUCAAAGCUUUCUUUACAGUUAAACCCGUCAAAAAAGACACUUCACUUCAAAUUGACAUGGACGCUGGAAAAAAGAAGAUGAAUAAGGACAAAGAGGCUCUCAGAGCUUUCUUUGACCGGAGCUCAAUAAAGUCACCAGAUACCAAAAGAACUGAUUGCAAAUCUGAGGUGAGUGAGGAACGCACACCAAGGCGACUUCAGACCAUCUGGCCUCCACCCAAGCCCAAAGACAAGGAGGAAAAGAUAGGCCUGAAAUACACAGAAGCUGAGCAUCAGGCAGCUCUACUGCAGCAGAAAAGAGAAUUUGACGAAGAGAAGGAGAAAAUAGAGGCCGAACUCAAACUUCAGCUCUUCCAGACACAUGAGGAACAUGAAGAGGUUCUGUCCAAACUAGGAGAAACCAUCGCAAGCUUACAACAAGAGAGAAACGAAGACCAUCACAAAGAUCUCAGGGAUGUUGCUGUGUCCACUGAAGACCACAUCAGACCACGGGUCUUUCGCUCCGUUUGCAUUCAGACAGACAGGGAGACAUUUAUCAAGUCUGAUGAGGUCAAAGGAGGCCAGAGCAGGGUCCUUGACUUCCAACAAAGUGUGUCCAAAAAUCCAGAUCCCAGUUUGACAAAAGACCUAAACUUCACUGGCAAUGAAAACAUGGUUCCUCCUCCGCCUCCCCCACCUGCAUUUCUUCAGUUAGAAUUGGACAGCAUGGUUCCUCCACCGCCUCCACCACCACCACCACCACCUGGCCCUUAUGCUCCCACUAUAUCUCCGCUUCUUCCUCAACCUCUGGAUUUGCCAGGAAGUGUACCUCCACCUCCUCCACCACCUCCAGACAUGAUGUGUGUGCCACCACCACCACCACCACCAGUGUUGCACUCUGUCCCACCUCCCCCUCCAGGAGGCGCUGUCUACCUCAGUCAAGUGCCAGACAAUACUCUUCGCAAACAGUCAGUGGAGCCGGUCUGUCCAAUGAAACCACUGUACUGGACACGCAUACAGAUCCAAGAAAACAGAAACGAUAUGCUGUGGAGUUCACUGGUGGAGCCAGAGAUAAUAAACACAGAUGAGUUUGCAGAACUGUUCGCGAAAGCCGCGUCGACCACCAAAAGAAAGCCCCUCUCAGAAGCCUACGAGAAGAAAAACAAAGCCAGGAAGGUCAUUAAAUUAUUGGAUGGUAAGCGCUCCCAGGCAGUGGGCAUCUUAAUCUCAAGUCUCCACCUAGAGAUGAAGGACAUCCAGCAAGCUGUUUUGACUUUGGACAAUUCAGUGGUUGACCUGGAUGCCAUUGAAGCAUUGUAUGAGAACAGAGCCCAGCCUGAAGAGUUGGAGAAGAUAAAGAAACACUAUGAAACCUCGGACGAGGAGCAGGUCAAACUACUGGACAAACCUGAACAGUUCCUGUAUGAACUCUCCCAGAUUCCUGAAUUCUCCAGUCGAGUUCACUGUUUCAUUUUUCAGUCAAAGUUUACAGAUGCUGUUGCCGCCAUACAGCACAAGGCUGAGAUUAUUCUCCGCGUCUGCAAGCAUCUGCCGGAGGAGGACAGUGUGAGGGAAGUGAUGGGACUGGUUCUUGCUCUUGGAAACUAUAUGAAUGGAGGUAGUAGAGCUCGAGGUCAGGCGGACGGCUUUGGGCUUGAGAUUCUUCCUAAACUUAAAGAUGUCAAGAGCAGGGAUAAUCGAAUUAGUCUGUUGGACUACGUUGUUUCCUACUAUCUGCACCAUUUUGAUAAGAAUGCCGGGACGGAAAAGAGCGUCUUUCCUUUGCCUGAACCUCAAGAUAUUUUUCUGGCCUCUCAAGUGAAGUUUGAAGACCUCUCAAGGGAUCUCAGAAAGUUAAGGCGAGAUCUGGCAGUUUGUGAGAAAGAUGUCCUAACCGUCUGUACCAAUUCGGCCCAAGAAAACAUGCAUCCCUUCAAGGAGAAAAUGGACUGUUUUAUUGCUAAUGCACAAAUAGAGGUCAUUACUAUGGAACACCAAGUGAUAUCAGCACGUAAAAGCUUUGGUAACCUGGUGGAAUACUUAAGUAUAAAGCCACGUUCUGGGGACCAAGAGGUUCUGCCUGGCCAUGUUUUCACACUUUGGUUUGAGUUCUGUAAUGAUUUCAAGAUCAGAUGGAAGAAAGAGAACAAGACAAUAUCAAAACAGAGGCUCAGAGAGGCCAAACAGUCAGUGCGCAACAUCACAGCAGAGAAGAAUAUUGAGACCAAAAGGGUCCAUGCAAACGGACUGAAAGAGAGACUGCGUAUGAAAGAAGCAAGUCUGACCAGCAGCUAAUGCUCUUAACCUUUUCCAAAGAAGGCCAGGUAUAUUUAUGUGCUCUGACCCAUCCUUU